GGAUAAUCAAAGCGGAAACGGAAAGGAGUUUUUCACAGGACAUGGACGCGCCGCUGAUGAAGCUUUUCUUCUCGCUGGACGCCAUGGUGAGCGAUGGGCUCGCUCCUGCGGACGAGGCGGGCCGGAGCAGCCUCUGGGGCCCUCUCAAGGAGGGCCUCGUCCGCGCCGUGGUGCAGGCCGCCUCGCAGGUGUCGCUGCGAAUGUUCGGCGACAGGGCGAACCUGGUGGCAGUCUUCGACGCCAGCGGGUACAGCCCGUCGUCACUGCGGUGGAAGGUGUCCUUCAGAAUAUGCUUCGUGGAGAUCGCCGUGACGCGAGAAACCGCGGAACGCGUGCGCAACCUGUUGGCGCAGUCGCUGACAGCUUCGUGGCCGGAGGAGAUCGCCCGCGCCUCGCCGGGCGCUGCGGCUGGGCGAGGCUGGGCCGCCGCGCUCGAGCCGCCGCUCCGAGGUGGAGGGCGCGAUGCGCCCGCGCGCCUCUGGGACGCCGUGCUGGACGCGCGGGCCUACCACGAGUGCGCCAAGCACCGCCUGGUGUGGUGCGACACCUCCGCCGGCUCGCCGCCGUGCCCAGAGGGGCGGCCGCUGAGACCCUACGCGCUGCUGAACGUCACGGCGCAGCCCGAUGGCAAGGCGGCGCUGCAGCGCGUGCGGGCGGCGGCCGACCUGUGCGGUGCAGGCUGGGCCCGCCUGGGCUCUCCGUGGACCGCGGCGCAGGUGGCCACCCCCUACAGGGACGUCGCCGCGUCCCGCGAGGGCGUCGCCAGCCGCUACCCCAGCUCCUCUGACCCCUUGGCUGCCGACGGCGCCCGCGGCGGCGGCGGCCCCGGCGCCAACGGCGCGCAUGCGCCAGCGGCGGCUGGCGGGACCGAGGUCGUGUGGAAUUUGGUCGUGUCUCCCGACGGGGAGGAGUACUACCACAACGUGCUUACCGAUGAGACGGCCUGGGACCCGCCCCCGGGCGCCCGCGUCGUGGACGGCAGGCGGACCCGGUGAGCGCUCCGCCCCGCGGGCAAG